AUGGAGUACUUGAAGAAACUCACAUUCUCUGACCCUUUUUUGUCACACAGAAGAAAAGUGUUUUCUGGGUUUGGUUUGAGUUUGGGUAUUGGAGCUUCUCUGCUUCUGUGCUCUCUGUUCUUUUUCAUUAAUCCCUUCUGGGUCCCCAAAGUUCAAGUGUUUCUGCCAGAAUUUAACACUACUAGUGAAGAUUCUUUGUUUGCUUCACCCCCCUCUUCAUUCAACACUAGCCAGUUUAAUUAUUCCUCUGAAAACAACACUUCUGUUACUUCAUUUUCCCAACAUUAUGAGGGCACUGUAGAAAAUGUUGUUGAGGGUAGAACUGGUCAAGUGAAUGUGUCAGGUAUUAGAUUGGGACCAGAUGUUGACAUGAAUAAUGUUAGUUUUGGUCUUAAAGUGGGGGGAAAUGUGGGCAAUGCUUCAUGCAAUGGUGUAGAGGGAAGGAAAGAGGGGAGUUUGGUUGGGGAAAAGAAUGUAACUGUUAUUGAUAAUGGUUCCCAAGUAGUGGAGAAAAUGAAAGUUAGUUUUUAUGAGGAGUGUGAUAUCUUUGAUGGGAAGUGGGUGAGGCAUGAUUCAAAGCCAUACUAUCGUUUAGGGUCUUGUCCCUUCAUCGAUAGGGACUUUGAUUGUCACCGGAAUGGGAGGCCUGAUCUAGAUUAUGUGAAAUGGAAGUGGCAGCCAAAUCAGUGUGACAUUCCAAGUUUGAAUGCAACUGAUUUUCUGGAGCGGUUGCGCGGCCAGAGGCUGGUUUUUGUGGGGGAUUCAUUGAACAGGAACAUGUGGGAGUCUCUGGUCUGUACCCUCCGUCACAGUAUCAGGAAGAAAAAGAAACAUGUUUAUGAAAUUUCAGGAAGAACCGAAUUUAAGAAGAAAGGUGUCUAUUCUUUUAGAUUUGAGGAUUAUAAUUGUUCGGUGGAUUUUGUUGCGUCACCGUUCAUUGUUCGAGAGUCCACUUUCAAAGGAAAAAAUGGGUCAUUUGAGACAUUAAGAUUGGAUUUGAUGGACCUCUCAAUUACCAAGUAUCAGGAUGCUAAUAUCAUAGUCUUCAAUACAGGCCAUUGGUGGACUCAUGAGAAAACAUCAAAAGGAGAAGAUUAUUAUCAAGAGGGAAACCAUGUAUACCCUAGACUCAAGGUUUUGGAUGCAUAUACAAGGGCUUUGACCACUUGGGCUAAAUGGGUUGACCAGAACAUUGAUGCCAAUCAAACUCAGGUUUUCUUCAGAGGAUAUUCAGUUACACAUUUCUGGGGUGGGCAAUGGAAUUCUGGAGGACAGUGCCAUAAAGAAACUGAGCCAAUAUUUAACAAAACUUACUUACAAAAGUACCCUUCGAAAAUGCGGGCUCUAGAGAAUGUCAUAAAAAACAUGAAAACCUCAGUGAUAUAUCUGAACAUAAGUAGACUUACAGAUUUCAGAAAAGACGCACAUCCUUCGGUAUACAGAAAGGAGUACAAGAUCUCAAUGGAGCAGAACACUACUGCACCAUUUGAGGAUUGCAGCCAUUGGUGCUUGCCUGGUGUACCGGAUACUUGGAAUCAACUGCUAUAUGUUUCUCUCUUAAAAAGAGGGAAGGGAACAUGGAAAAGCUGAGCAAGAUUCCUCAUUCCACAACCAAUUUCUAGUUUUUUAUGCUUAUUUAGAGUCUGUUUGGAUGCGGGACAAAAAGCACUUAUUGGAGCUUAUGCUUUUUUCUAGUGAUAACCUCUAAUAAGUUCUAUUUAGUCGGGAUUCAAUCUGGA